CAUUCGUGUCGUGACAGUCAAACCGUGCAGACGUCUUAAGUUUUUUGUGGCUCUCGUGUGUGUUUAAAAGCAAUUGUUAAUUAGUAAACUGGGCUUACACAGACAUCAGUAAAAGAGAGUAAGAGCGCGCGCGCACACACACACGCAUACCGAGAGUCGUGAAAAACCAGCUUAGAGCGAGCUGACAAGUGUGUGUCUAGCGAACAGCAUCCGCGCUGUGCCGUGCAACGGAAAGAGUCAAAGCUACCUGUUUUGUUUUUGGUCACGUCUUCGGGCGUCUCAGAGCGCAGCGCCAAAUAGCUCAGCGGCAGCUUUUCUUCAACAGUUUAAAAGUUACUGUUGCAGUCGUUGUACAAAUAAUCAGCAGUAGGGUGUGGUGCAAUAUAUUUAUAUUUCUGUACACCAAAGCAAAAGAAUGUGGCAAGCUGAGCCCUUGAAGAUUAACAAUUUGUGGUAUGCAUCGCUGCUGCUGCUGGUUGCACUCGCCACGCAAGCACAGGCGCAGAGGACGCCCACGAUUUCCUACAUAACACAGGAGCAGAUCAAGGAUAUUGGCGGCACUGUUGAAUUCGACUGCUCGGUGCAGUAUGCCAAAGAAUAUAAUGUGCUCUUCCUCAAGACAGACUCAGAUGCCGUCUUCCUCUCAACGGGCUCCACGCUUGUGAUUAAAGAUUCGCGCUUCUCACUGCGCUAUGAUCCCAACUCUUCCACGUACAAGCUGCAGAUCAAGGACAUACAGGAAACAGAUGCGGGCACCUACACCUGUCAGGUUGUCAUCUCCACCGUGCACAAAGUGAGCGCCAAUGUGAAGUUAUCGGUGCGUCGUCCGCCCGUCAUCUCCGACAAUUCGACUCAAUCGAUUGUGGCCAGCGAGGGCAGCGAGGUGCAAAUGGAGUGUUAUGCCAGCGGUUAUCCAACACCGACCAUCACAUGGCGUCGCGAGAACAAUGCCAUUCUGCCAACGGAUAGCGCCACUUAUGUGGGCAACAUUUUGCGCAUCAAGUCGGUGAAGAAGGAGGAUCGCGGCACCUACUACUGUGUGGCCGACAAUGGCGUCAGCAAGGGAGAUCGUCGCAACAUCAAUGUGGAGGUGGAAUUUGCGCCGGUUAUAACGGUGCCGCGGCCACGUCUCGGCCAGGCGCUGCAAUACGACAUGGAUCUGGAGUGCCACAUUGAGGCGUACCCGCCGCCGGCGAUUGUCUGGACCAAGGACGACAUCCAGCUGGCCAACAAUCAGCAUUAUACCAUCUCGCACUUUGCCACCGCCGACGAGUAUACCGAUUCAACGCUGCGCGUCAUCACGAUCGAGAAGCGCCAGUAUGGCGACUAUGUGUGCAAGGCAACGAAUCGUUUUGGUGAUGCCGAGGCGCGUGUCAAUCUCUUCGAGACGAUCAUACCCGUCUGCCCGCCGGCCUGCGGCCAGGCGUACUAUGGCGGCGCCGAGCACAUGGCCGCCUCGGCCUCUUCCUUGGCUCUACUGGGCCUCUUGCUGGCGCUGCUCUACACCAGAUAAGCCAAUCCGGCCAGCCAGCCAGCCCACCUCGACGCUCCAUAUCUAAUCCAUCAAUCACAAUUACGAAUAUAUAUAUAUCUGAAGUAUAUAUAGCUACACAUAAUUAGACAACAGCUGUAGUAGAACCGCAAACUCUUAUUUUAAUUUGUGUUCUUGCUUCUAUGUUUAAACCUUCUGUCGAAUUACCAUUUAUCCAAGCUAUAAAACGUCCAACCUUAUGUUAAGUUAAGUCUAAGUUUCACUCAGAAAUGAAUCUUCUUUAAUUGGGCCUAGAACAAACCCAGAAAUCGACUCAAGUUUUCGUUCGUAAAAACCCGUCCGUUAUAUUUUUCUCUCUCUGUAUAUUUUUAAAUAAUUUUAGAACUAAUAUAUAUAUAUAUUCUCAAUAUAUGCAUACAUCACAACAGCAACAACAAAAAGUAAUUCCAUUCCGUUUACGAACAAUCACAUA